AUGGUGUUUCAGAAGCUUAGAGCGGCGUGGCAACGCUUUAAAAAAGGCUUAACGAAAAAGAAAGAUGUCGUCGUCAUAACAUCUAGCAUUGGAACAUCAACAGAUGUCGCUAUACCUGUUGACUACGAAGUAAUCAAUGCAAGUGAAAUUCCGUUCCUGCAAAAGUUUCUGUUGAAAAUACAGGAUGAUAUCAAGAUUGAGAAAGCCGAACAGCAAAGGUUGAGACUUGAAAUGGCUGUCGUGGCGUUUGACAUCAAGCAGAUUAAAGCUUCUAUUGCUUCUAAGAAGGGAGACAAAAGGGCGAAAGAAGAGGCAAGAGGAGUAGCUGCAUUGCAAGUAAAUGUUGUGCAAGUAAAACUACAAGAAGAGAUUCCGAUCCUGGAACCUGAGUUGAAAAAUCCAUUUCCGGGUGGUGAAAACACGUGGACUGAUGACGGAGACAGCCUUUCGAUAGUAUCAUGGUCGGAUACAACGUCUAUCACUCGUUUUAGUACAAGUCCACGUUCGCAAUGUAACUCCUCAUCUCUGACUGUGGUCACGGAACUAUCACAAUCAGUUUCGGGAUUCUUCAGUCCACGUGAGAUAAGUUCUGCAAGAAGUUCAUUGUCAGAUUGCAGUAUUGAAUUCCUAAAUGAUGGUCUAGGAAACAGUAAAAACUACAGUUGCAAAUCGGUUGAAUUGAGCAUUAGCACGUGUGAAUUGUACACUGGCCCCUCUCACAGCCCCAGAUUCUGCGAUCGAUCAGACAAAAGAUCAUGGCUAGGCGUCAGUCCAUCACCCUCUUUAAGUUAUGGCAAAAAUAGCAGAGACAGUAGAACGUCCAUGAUUCCAGCUAGCAGUCCAGGGUUAGAUUAUAACAUAAACCUCCCAACAGAUGGGCCUGAUUAUCGCCGUAGUCAAUCAGUUGAACUGAAACUUAGUCCUUUUGAAGUUCACGCACCAACCAUGAGUGGCUUCUCUCGCAGCCCUAGAUUCAGCAGAAACCAAUUAAGCAUUAAAUCAAGGCAAGAAAUCAGUCAUUCAACUGCAGAAUGGCCUACGAUUGAAUUUAUGUUCGAAACCAAGACUAACCCCGUAGAAGAAAUCUUAUCUUGUAGUAGCCUCGAUUUUAACACAUGCAAAUCGGUUGCAGGAUCUCUCCGUCAAAAGGACAUUGUGUCUGUAACUAGUCCAGUGAUAGACGACGACUUCAAAUUCCCGAUUAACAGGCCUGAUGACUGCCGUGGUGAAUCUAGACAACAGAACCCAAAUCCAUGUGAACCGCACACACCAAUCAUAAGUUGCUCUUCUCGAAGCCUUAGAACGUACAGUUACCAAUCAGGCAAAGAAUCAUGGCGUGAAGUCAGUCAAUCAACCAUGAAAGAAGAAUCUUCAGUUAAUCUGAAGACACAAGAGAUUGGACCUUUGUUAAACUUCACUCCUUUUGAUCUACCAAGGCAACGAAGGGUAGAGUGCUACUCAAACCACUUCAUGAAUUCAGAACGGGAACAGAUCAUGGGAAAAGAAUCUCGCCUACCGAAUCCUGUUUGGCCGUCCGUUUCGCCAAAAGACCACCAACAGGUCUUACCAUACACGAGCCAUAUAAAUAACACGUGUAAACCAGUUUCAGGGUCCCUAAGUUCAAGCGACUUCACUCCCUCUAGUAGGCUAGGAAUAAAUUAUGGCAGUCAGACUGGUAUUAAUUAUCCAACCGCAGGUCCCGACUACUUCCGUAGCCAAUCAGUCGGGUUGUUUCCGCACAUGGAUCUUGCAUACGGCAAGAGUAGAACACUGAAUGACGGCAAUACAACUGAUUUGAAUGGCCCCUCCCACAGACCUAGAUCAGUGCACGAUAUUGGUAUCCAUUCUCUACAUUCCUCGACGAGACCAGAUGCUGGACGUGACAAAGCAACUUCCGAAUUUCACAUCAACCUAGACUUUCUUGACGAAGAUGAUGACCAAUCGAGGGUUGGAUCAGUGCAGAAUCUCAGCGUUCGAUCCCGACAUCCCUCGACGAGACAAGAUGCUGGACGUGACAAAGCGACUUCCGAAUUUCACAUCAACCUAGACUUUCUUGACGAAGAUGAUGACCAAUCGAGGGUUGGAUCAGUGCAGAAUCUCAGCGUUCGAUCCCGACAUCCCUCGACGAGACAAGAUGCUGGACGUGACAAAGCGACUUUAGAUAAUCGCAUCAACAACCUAGACUUUCUUGACAAUGAUGAUGACGGUAUGAGCGACGGACACUACAUGCACGCACUGCACGCACAACGAACUGUAGAAUACUGUGAAAGUCCAGACAUUGUGUAUAGACCGCCACGCCCUUCCAUGGUCACGUAUGCUAGAAUUGGUGAAUCUGGAGACACGUGCACAUGCUCAGCCCCACACUCUCACACAGGGGCAUCUGGGACGAAUGGAAUGACGUCAGUGGAGGAUUAGACUAAAGAUUUAUUAAAGUGCAAUAGCAAUUUAUUACAAUUCCUCAAAUGCCUCAUACCUUCAAACAUGCAACAUGGGAUAUAGGAAGAGUAAAUUUACGGAGGUAUAAGACGUUGAACAAUUGAAAUACAUGGAGCGCAAUGAUAGUGUCGGUGCGCAAAGCGGGACUAUUUGUGGAGGUGAUGUGCGCAUGACGUCGGCGUGCCGGUGAACGUCUUUACUGUCAAAAGCCUAUAAUGAACAUGUGAUCAAAAUGUGAUCCAAAAAUUGAAUAUGAAUAUGCACUGCACGAGAGACAGUAUUUGAGAACGUAAUGUUCUGGGAAAUCUGAGUUGUUAAGCUUUUGUAUGAAAAUAUUAAAUACCAAC